GAUGCUACGUCACAGAAUAAGGUACACAGAAGGUCGACUUCUUGGGUUUUCCUAUGAUUUUGGCGUAACCCGUAAUCAAAUGCUGACGUCAUGGUCCUAGCCAGUGCGCGUUUGAGAGGCAUUCACUCCCCUGAUAUUAUUCAAAAUGGUGAACGUCCAGGGGGGAAUCCCUCUUAAACGCGCACUGGCUAGGACCAUGGCAUCAGCAUUUUGAUGAAUCAUGGCGUGGCAACGGUCACUCAAGUCAACCUUCUGUGUGCCUUAUUCUGUGGCUACGUGCCCCUCACUCACCUUCCACCCCUGAAUUUUUCUGCACAACCACCCACCCCCCACCAUGCAGAUAACAUAUGAAAGUAUAAAGCUUUAUUAAGUUAAUAUAAUAGACAUGCUCCACUACAUCAUGUACACUAACUGUAAUUAUAAUACAUUUUAGUUUUAAAUUAAUUUAAAAUUAUUCACUGUUAAUAAUUCCAUUGAAGAAGUCCAAUUAAAAUGGUUCAAAAUUAAUCCAGCUUUUGUGUCUUCAAUUUCCAUACAUCUUGCUUGGUACUGCAGUAUUUUGCCACCCAGAUCAAGAUUAACCCUUUAAGUGGCAAUGCACCCUGAUAUGCCCUACAUUAUUAUUUUACUCUGUCUAACACCAGACAAUUUACUCAUCAGGGGAGAGUGCUGUCACUCUAGGGCUUAAUUGGGAAACCAGGGUGAGUCGGGACAAAUUUCCAAUUGUGUGAUAAAUGGUGUUCCAAUUGUAAGAUAAUUCUGGAAUAAACAAGAAUAUAUUAUAUGUUGUAAAGUUGAGUACAGAAAUGAUGAUGGGAAAAACAAGAGAUACCAGAACCAUUGGUGGUGCAAUUAUCAGACUUAAUGGUAUAACAAUCAAAAGUCAGUGCCGUAGCAAGUUCGAUAAUUGGGGGGGGGGGCUCAUAUUCAUAUAUUCAUAUUCACAGUCCAUAAAAACAAUCAAUUUCAAAAGAAAUUAAUAACGCAGAACACGAAUAUAUAUGAAUAUGAGCCUCCCCCAAUUAUCGAGCUUGCUAAGGCACUGAAAGUGGCCCUAAACGUUGGCCAUGAUACAAGGUAGAAAUUACCUUAUCAUUUCAAGGACUAUGAGUGCAAGGAUUGUCAGAACAUAGUUAGAAGUAAUUGCCAGAUUGGCCCCAGUGCAUUGAUACAGUAUUUCUGGUUUUUCAAAUUGUUUAAUUAAGGCUAUGAUAGGGGUUAUGUGCCACCUUAGCUUCUAUAUUAUCCCUACAACCCUAUGCCCCCCAACAAUGGGUUGUUAAUGACCAAUGUAACGUCUUUUCAUCAUACAGCGACAUUUAGUUACGGGGGGGGGCAUAUUUUGUUAUUUACAGGUAUUUUGGGAAAUAUUUGAAUGCUCCAAGAGUCUUAUCAUUGAUUUAAUAGCCUUGUAUGCAAAGUUUUAAGUUGGCACAUAAUCAUAUUGCACAAAACCUGGAGUUAAUAGCACUUUAUAAAGUAAUUUAUAAAUAACAAAAAUUUGUAGUUUCAGCAACCAAAUUGUGAAAUACACAGGUUGCAAAAAAAACCCCAGCAAAAAGCUGUCUUCUUUAUAAUCCAAAGAGUUUAAGAGUGCAUUUCAUCGUGAAAUAUAAAGAUAUAAACGCAUAAAUAAAAUUGAAUAAAAUACCUACCUGUUUUUAUAUUGCUCGCUGGCUCCAAUUAAAGGCAUUCAACACUCAAGAUUUACGAAUACCUUCGAUUGGUUGUUAAUCGAUAGCUUUUCCAAACAUGACAGUGUUUCCUUUGAGUGCUUCUCUCAGUUCUCUGGCACAAUAAGACUUUUCGCCUUAUAAAUUUUAAUAUCACUAAUCAGCUGAACUGCUGAAAGUCUGAAAUAACAGGUUACAGGACAUUUAUGGAUUGCCUGUAAUGGUGGUCUAAACCAUCUUGAUCAUAGCAAGAUAAAUUAUACUGACAUUCCUCAUGCGGACAAGGGAGUUUAUCAGCUAAAAACGCUCGGUGGUGUAUAUUAAAAUAGUCUUUCCUCUUUUUGUUGUCAAAUUGUCCGCCAUUUUGUCUCUGUAAUCUGCCAGUCGUUAUUUUUUCCCUCACCUUCCCUUUUCCCCUUGCGCGCGUCCACAUUUGGUACUGAUCUAUAUAUAUAUAUAUAUAUAUAUAUAUAUAUAUAUAUAUAUAUAUAUAUAUAUAUAUAUAUAUAUAUAUAUAUAUAUGGAUAUAUACCUAUUCGUCCCUUAUAUAAAAUUGAAAUUCAAAUAACGACUGGGGACUGUAAUAUAUUAAGGUUCAUAUUAGCAUAAUUUAUGCAUAUCCCAUAAUGCUGUAUGGGAAUAAAAGAAGUGUGUUGUAACUCGACCACGUUGUUUGUUUUGCUUAUAUUCUUAUACUAAAACAAGUCUCAGUAUACUACAUUUGGCGACGAGGAUCGGAUAUAUUCUACAUGCUCAAAGUUGCGUGAGAUACCCUCGCAGUAGUGGGAAAAGUUUGGAAGUAAGAAAUUUAUUAAAUCUGAUAACUGAACAUCGAACUGGCAACAGCCGGAGGACUGUUCGGCCAUGUUGGUGAGUUCAAUUCCGAACGAGAGACAUUUAAAUCCUAUGUGGAAAGAAUGGAAAUGUUUUUUACGGCAAACAACAUUGCAGAGACACCAGGUGAAGAAAAUGAAGGGGCUAAUCAACUUGUCAAAGACAGGAAACGUGCCAUUUUUCUAACUGAGAUUGGAGCGGAUGUAUAUUCCACAUUAAGUAAUUUGUUGGUGCCAGCGAAGCCAAAAGACACGUCUUUGGCUAACAUAGCAUUUUAACCUAGCACCGUUGGAGAUCGCUGAAAGUUUUCAUUUUGGAACACGUAGUCAAAAACCCUGUGGGUCAAUUGGUGAAUAUGUAGUGGCAUUAAAAAAACUUUCCAUUCAUUGUAAUUUUGGGGAAUUUUUAAAUCGAGCAUUACGAGAUCGCUUUGUAUGUGGGCUAAACAACGUCAAGAUACAGAACAAACUGUUGACCACCGAAAAUAUCACAUUCGACAAAGCCUGUCAGAUUGCGAAGUCUAUGGAGAUGGCUGAAAGGAACACGCAAGAGUUUCAUCCAACUACUAGUGCCAGUGCUUCUAGUGAAGGGACGGUGAACCAAAUAGAAAGCAAGAGAAAUGACGAGCAAGCAUGCUACAGGUGUGGUGGAAAUCAUACUGCAAAAACUUGUAGAUUUAAAACAGCAAAAUGCUUUAAAUGUACAAAAAUAGGUCAUAUAGCGUCAGUGUGUCGUAGUAAAACCAGUAAAGAGGUUAAGCCUGGUUCAACAUCCAAACACGGACAAGCAGAUAGAGGUAACAUUCAAAAUUUAUCAUUGUACGAUAGUCAUAACGAUAAUGUCAAUAGUGAUGAAUUAGGUAUUUAUUCUUUAUAUUCAGUAGAGUCAGAGAACUAUUGCCAGUCUCAUAAGAGAUAUAAUGUAGAACUAUCUCUUAAUGGGGUGGUGUGCGACAUGGAGAUUGACACCGCUGCUGAUUUCUCGAUAAUGAGUAAAAGCAUGUAUGAUCAGAAGUUUAGUCAUUUUCCACUUUAUCCGUCAGCUGUAAAAUUGAAGACCUACACCGGCGAGAUACUUCAGGUAAGUGGUGAGAUGAAAUGUGAGAUUGUGUACCAAAAUAAGACUUUUAGGUUGCCAAUUGUGAUAGCUAACUAUGUAGGGAAACCCACUCUACUAGGUAAAAAUUGGCUUGCCCAGAUGAAGUUAGAUUGGGGCAGGGUUUUUAGCAUAAAAACGUCAGAGCAAAGUAAUGCUAGAGACCAACUUAAUGUGUUACUGUCAAAGUACAAAAACAUGUUUGAAGACAGCUAUGAAGGAAUGAAAGGGUUUGAAGCACAUAUCACUAUGAAAGACGGGGCAAGGCCAGUGUUUGUUAAGCCACGUAAAGUUCCUUAUGCACUGAAAGAGGCUGUAGAAGCGGAGUUAGAAAAACUUGAGAGAAAUGGUGUGAUAAAAAAAACUGAGAGGACAAAGUGGGCAAGUCCAGUAGUAGUUGUACCAAAGGCCGAUAAGUCUAUAAGGUUGUGUGGAGACUAUAAGGUAACAAUAAACCAGUCGGUGCAAGACGAGCAGUAUCCUCUUCCCACUACACAGGUUUUGUACACUAUGCUAACAGGGUCUAAAGUUUUUAGUAAACUCGAUUUAUCUCAUGCAUAUGCUCAGCUAAAUGUUGAUAAAGAGAGUCAAGAGUAUCUUACAAUAAACACACAUAAAGGGUUGUAUAGCUACACUAAGUUACCUUAUGGGGUUAAAUCUGCACCUAAGAUAUUUCAUGAUCAGUCUAAAAUGGAUCAGAUUCUCCAAGGGAUAAAGAAAUGUGUGUGUAAGCAGGAUGACAUUCUUAUUGGUGGGAAUGACUGGAGAGAGAAUCUGAAGAUAUUAAAACAGCCAAAAUGUGAGUUCUUAAGACCAGAAGUUGUGUACCUAGGUCUUAAAAUAUAUGAAAAGGGCUUGCACCCGGUAGAGGAGAAAGUGGAUGCCGUUAGGAAGGCCCCUGUGCCAUCUAACGUCAGUGAACUAAGAUCUUUCUUGGGUAUGGUACAAUAUUAUCAUUCAUUUCUUCCCAAUUUGGCAACAACCUUAGCACCUUUGCAUAAGCUUUUUAAAAAAGAUGUCCAGUGGAAGUGGACGUCCGAAUGUCAAAAAGCUCAUGAUGUUUGUAAACAAAGUCUUACUAGUGAUACCCUGUUAGUACACUACGAUUUAAAUAGGAAAUUAAGACUUGCUUGUGAUGCAUCAAGUUACGGACUUGGUGCCGUUCUGAGUCAUGUGAUGGACGAUGGUCACGAAAGACCAAUUGCUCACGCAUCUCGCACACUUAGUCAAACUGAGAAAAAUUAUGCCCAAAUUGAGCGUGAGGCAUUGUCGAUAGUGUUCGGGGUAAAAAAAUUUCACCAGUUUCUGUAUGGUCGAAAUUUUACAUUGAUCACAGAUCACAAACCACUAUUGGCAAUUUUGGGACCUAGGUCUGCAAUUCCCACACUUGCUGCUGCAAGGAUGCAAAGGUGGGCAUUGGUACUAUCUACCUAUGAUUAUGUGAUAGAAUACAAAUCAUCUGAAAAACAUGCUAAUUGUGAUGCACUCUCUAGGUUGCCACAUCAAAACUCAACUAUAGGUAGUGAGAGUGCAAUCUACCAGGUAAGUGCAAUCGAUGAUGAUUUCCCAAUUACUGCAAAAGAUAUUGGAAGGCAACUAAAGUUGAUUCUGUUCUCUGUAAAGUAUAUUAUUAUGUCAUGUCAGGUUGGCCUGAGAAUUGUCAGGAUGAAAAUCUGAAACCAUAUCAUAACCGAAAGCUGGAAUUAUCCUGCGAACAACAUUGUGUUCUGUGGGGCUCCAGAGUGGUUAUUCCACCAGUUUUUAGAGAGAAAAUGCUCAAUGAAUUACAUUGGGAACAUCCAGGUGUAUGCGGAAUGAAAGCAAUUGCUCGCACCUGUGUUUGGUGGCCCAAGAUGGAUGAGGAUAUUGAGAGGGCUGUGAAAGCUUGCACAGUGUGUCAGUCGGUAAGAAACACCCCUCCUCAUGCACCACUGAUACCAUGGAAAUGGCCGACCAGACCAUUUCAACGUGUUCAUAUUGAUUUCUGUCAAGAAGGUAAGGAUUAUUUUCUUGUGGUAAUUGACAGCCACUCAAAGUGGAUUGAAGUAAAACAUAUGACCUCUACUACUACCCAACGUACUCUUGAUGAGCUUCGAUUGAUCUUUGCUGUUUAUGGUUUGCCAGAGGAGGUAGUGUCCGACAAUGGACCUCAAUUUACUGCAACUGAGUUUGUCGAGUUCAUGACUAAAAAUGGAAUCAAGCACACAUUAGUCCCCCCAUAUCAUCCGCAAUCAAAUGGGGCAGCGGAAAGGUCCGUGAGAGUGGUUAAAGAAGCUUUAGCCAAACAAGUUAUUCAAGGCACCCAAGGCGUGUCUAUGAAACAUAGACUGGCAAAUUUUCUCCUUAGGUAUCGAACCACUCCUCACAGCACCACAGGUGUGUCGCCAGGAGAGUUGAUGAUGAAGCGCCGUUUGAGAACAAGGUUGAGUUUGGUUAAACCUGAUCUAGCACAGGUCGUAGAGGGAAAGUAAGAACAGCAGAAAGUGUAUAAAGAUGGGAAAGGAAAGAGUGAGAGAACAUUUGAGAAAGAGGAAAGAGUUCGCGUGUUAAACACUAGAGCAACGAACAAAACUAACAAAUGGAUUUUAGGUACAGUAGUUAAGAGUUGUGGGCCGCGGACAUAUGUAGUAAAAUGUGGAAAGAGAAUGAGACGUGUGCAUCCAGAUCAUAUGAUCAAGGCACAUGAUGGUAGAGAGAAUGGUAGCAAUGAUUUAAAAGAUGAUGAUGACGAAUCAGAGGUAAGUAUUUCAGAAUCUGGAGAACAGACUGUCGCAGAUGACAAUGGAGAAAUAGCCACCGAGGUAAUAUAUAUUAAGGUUCAUAUUAGCAUAAUUUAUGCAUAUCCCAUAAUGCUGUAUGGGAAUAUAAGAAGUGUGUUGUAACUCGACCACGUUGUUUGUUUUGCUUAUAUUCUUAUACUAAAACAAGUCUCAGUAUACUACAGGGACGAGUCUGCUGUCAAGUGUCAAGACGACUUUUUAGCAGUCAGUUCUUCUGCUCAUUGCCUGAUUUUCGUGUUAAUUGUUCAUUAACAACUUAUCACCGCAAAUUUCAUCACUGCACAUUUUACUUUUAUCACUGCACAAAUUGGUUAUCACUGCACACUGAAAUUAGGUAUGAUGCACACAUACAUGCAUAACGUUAUUGUUAUAUACAGUUUUGUGUACUAUAUGUUUUUUGGCGGGCAAAAGUACAUUUAUUCACCCAUGAAAUAGCGUGCAAAGCAUCGCGGUUCUUUUAAAACGCCAUGCUAUAUGAUAUAGUUGGCAGUUGCCGGACUGUCAGUGAUGCCGGGCGAUAUGCACUCAGAGUAACACCACAAAUAUCAUAUUCACCUGAGUACACAACACCAACACAGAAAAAAUUCAUAUUACUAGAAUACAUUGGUAUUGAAGGAACUAGAUUCUGUUCCGAAAUAUCACUUACUCGAACCGUCCUGACCGCGUAGCUCAGUUGGAAGAGCAUUGGGCUAGUAUUCCAAAGGUCGUAGGUUCGAAUCCCACCGUGGCCGGGCAUAUUUUUCAAGCUCGCCCGGUGUGGAUAUGCACCCAGAGUAACAUCGCAAACAUAUUAUUCACCUGAGUAGACAACACCAACACAGGAAAAAAAAAUUCAUAUUAGUAGAACAUAUUGGUAUUGAAGGAACUAGAUACUGUUCCGAAAUAUCACUUACUCGAACUGUCCUGACCGCGUAGCUCAGUUGGAAGAGCAUUGGGCUAGUAUUCCAAAGGUCGUAGGUUCGAAUCCCACCGUGGCCGGGCAUAUUUUUCAAGCUCGCCCGGUGUGGAUAUACACUCAGAGUAACACCACAAAUAUCAUAUUCACCUGAGUACACUACACCAACACAGAAAAAAAUUAAUAUUACUAGAAUACAUUGGUAUCGAAGGAACUAGAUUCUGUUCCGAAAUAUCACUUACUCGAACCGUUCUGACCGCGUAGCUCAGUUGGAAGAGCAUUGGGCUAGUAUUCCAAAGGUCGUAGGUUCGAAUCCCACCGUGGCCGGGCAUAUUUUCAAGGUCGCCCGGUGUGGAUAUGCACUCAGAGUAACAGCGCAAACAUAUUAUUCACCUGAGUACACAACACCAAUACAGAAAAAAAAAAUUCAUAUUACUAGAACAUAUUGGUAUUGAAGGAACUAGAUACUGUUCCGAAAUAUCACUUACUCGAACCGUCCUGACCGCAUAGCUCAGUUGGAAGAGCAUUGGGCUAGUAUUCCAAAGGUCGUAGGUUCGAGUCGGGCCGUGGCCGGGCAUGUUUUUCAAGCUCUCCCGGUGUGGAUAUGCACUCAGAUAACAUGGCAAACAUAUUAUUCACCUGAGUACAGAACACCAACACAGAGAAAAAAAAAAUUCAUAUUACUAGAACAUAUUGGUAUUGAAGGAACCAGAUACUGUGCCGAAAUAUCACUUACUCGAACCGUCCUGACCGCGUAGCUCAGUUGGAAGAGCAUUGGGCUAGUAUUCCAAAGGUCGUAGGUUCGAAUCCCACCGUGGCCGGGCAUAUUUUUCAAGCUCGCGCGGUGUGGAUAUGCACUCAGAGUAACAUCGCAAACAUAUUAUUCACCUGAGUACAGAACACCAACACAGAGAAAAAAAAAAUUCAUAUUACUAGAACAUAUUGGUAUUGAAGGAACUAGAUACUGUUCCGAAAUAUCACUUACUCGAACCGUCCUGACCGCGUAGCUCAGUUGGAAGAACAUUGGGCUAGUAUUCCAAAGGUCGUAGGUUCGAAUCCCACCGUGGCCGGGCAUAUUUUUCAAGCUCGCCCGGUGUGGAUAUGCACUCAGAGUAACAUCGCAAACAUAUUAUUCACCUGAGUACACAACACCAACACAGAAAAAAAUUCAUAUUGCUAGAACACAUUGGUAUUGAAGGAACUAGAUACUGUUCCGAAAUAUCACUUACUCGAACCGUCCUGACCGCAUAGCUCAGUUGGAAGAGCAUUGGGCUAGUAUUCCAAAGAUCGUAGGUUCGAAUCCCACCGUGGCCGGGCAUAUUUUCAAGCUCGCCCGGUGGGGAUAUGCACUCAGAGUAACAUGGCAAACAUAUUAUUCACCUGAGUACACAACACCAACACAGAGAAAAAAAAAAUUCAUAUUACUAGAAGAUAUUGGUAUUGAAGGAACCAGAUACUGUUCCGAAAUAUCACUUACUCGAACCGUCCUGACUGCGUAGCUCAGUUGGAAGAGCAUUGGGCUAGUAUUCCGAAGGUCGUAGGUUCGAAUCCUACCGUGGCCGGGCAUAUUUUUCAAGGUCGCCCGGUGUGGAUAUGCACUCAGAGUAACAGCGCAAACAUAUUAUUCACCUGAGUACACAACACCAACACAGAAGAAAAAAAUUCAUAUUACUAGAACAUAUUGGUAUUGAAGGAACUAGAUACUGUGCCGAAAUAUCACUUACUCGAACCGUCCUGACCGCGUAGCUCAGUUGGAAGAGCAUUGGGCUAGUAUUCCAAAGGUCGUAGGUUCGAAUCCUACCGUGGCCGGGCAUAUUUUUCAAGGUCACCCGGUGUGGAUAUGCACUCAGAGUAACAGCGCGAACAUAUUAUUCACCUGAGUACACAACACCAACACAGAAAAAAAAAAUUCAUAUUACUAGAACAUAUUGGUAUUGAAGGAACUAGAUACUGUUCCGAAAUAUCACUUACUUGAACCGUCCUGACCGCAUAGCUCAGUUGGAAGAGCAUUGGGCUAGUAUUCCAAAGGUCGUAGGUUCGAGUCGUGCCGUGGCCGGGCAUGUUUUUCAAGCUCUCCCGGUGUGGAUAUGCACUCAGAUAACAUAGCAAACAUAUUAUUCACCUGAGUACAGAACACCAACACAGAGAAGAAAAAAAUUCAUAUUACUAGAACAUAUUGGUAUUGAAGGAACUAGAUACUGUGCCGAAAUAUCACUUACUCGAACCGUCCUGACCGCGUAGCUCA